AUGGCCACACCAACCCCGAGGCCCUCUCAGGUGGCUUUCCGCAUCCAUCCCAUCUACCGCAUCUUCUUCCUCAUUCUUGAACCCAUCUCUGCCCUCACCGGUGCUUUCUACACUCACUUCCGCCAAGGAACUUACCUGAACCUCCUCCAUGCUGCUUCAGCACCAGCAGAAACAGGAAAGGCUACAUCUGUAGCCAUGUCGCAGCUCGCCAAUAUGUUCUUCUUCUUUGCGCUCAACGAAGCGCUCGUGCUGCGAUCUACAGCGGAUUUGCGGGUUUGGAGGACGGUCCUGCUUGUACUACUUAUUGCGGAUCUGGGACACUUGUUUUCGAUGAGUGAGCUUGGGUCGAGUAUCUAUUGGGACGUCAUGGCGUGGAAUGCUAGUGAUUGGGGGAAUGUGCCGUUUGUGUAUCUUGGUAUGACUAUGAGAGUGAGCUUUCUGCUGGGAAUUGGACUGGGAGAAUCGAGGGCUUUGAAGAAGAAGGAUUGGAAGAAGCAGUGA